UUUAUUUACUUCUGUGUUGUUGAAUCAUCAUUGUUGGUCAACACUGUUGACCAACAUUGUCCAAUGUUUUAUAAUAAAAAAAAUCAUCAUGAAUAUAAAAUACUUUUAAAAACAUUUUAAUUAAUUAAAUAAUCAUUAAAAUGGCAUUAUACGAUAAUAAACAUUGGCUCUUAUCACACAUAAGAGACAGUUUUAUAUCAACUGAUGACACUUCAAUAUGCGAAUUAGUUAUGGUUCGUGAGGAUAUACCAAAACACUUGAGAUUAUCUGGUGCCAAAUGUUAUCCUGGAAUUGAUGAUGACAGUGAUGAAGAUUCACAAUCAUAUGACAUUCAAAUGGACAGGGACUUUGGACAUCGUCAUAGAUCAAAUACAGCUCAACGUCUUGAAAAAAUGGAUCAAGCACGUAAAAAAUUUCAAAAAGUUAAUCACAUUAAAUUAGAUGGUAUACCAGUAGCAAUUUCUGAUAAAGAUAUAUCUGAAUUAUUUGAAAAAAAAGAUUUAAAGAAAAAUCAUAAACCAAUUAUUCGACAAUCAUUAUUAUCUGAACAGCUUGAAAAAUCACCACAAUUACCAAAAAAUCCAUUUAAAGAGUAUGCUAAAUUUAAUGGACAAGAACAAUAUGAUGAGCCAGUUAGAAAAUAUAGAAUAUUCAUGUGUAUGCUUAAUGAAAAAGAACGUUCAUAUCCACGACAAAUGACUGUUAUAUCAUCAGCAACAGUUAAAGAAUUUAUUGGUUUAAUUUGUUAUAAAUAUGCAUCAGAAAAUCCAACUCAUAAUCUAAGUGAAGAUAUAGUAAAAUAUGGAUUAUUUAUAACUGAAGAUGAUGAUGGUGAAGUUGAUAUGGAUUUUCCUUGUCUUGAUCCAACUGAGCCAAUAUCAAAAUUUGAUUUUUCAUCAUUGUGUUUAGUUGAAUUACGUCCAUGUGAUUUAGUAAGACAUGAACCAGUUAGUAAAUUAAUUGUAUCAUCAGCUGAAGAAAUUAUUGAAGUUAAUAAAGUUGAACAGCAAAGAAUUGCCGAAGAUUUAGCACGUAUGAAAGGACAUACAACAGCUAUGGAAGCACCAUUGUAUCAAUUAUAUAGGGUUUAUAUUGUCAACAGAGUUACAGCCAAUACAGAAAUACAUCUUGGUAUAUCUGGUGAUAAAAUUGAAAUUGAUCCAGUAUUACCAAGCAAAGGUGCUAGUAGACUAUUAAAUCGUCAACGAGCUGAGAGUCAUCCAAUGGAUAAUAUUGCCACGUGUGAUAUUAAUGAUCAUAAAGGAAACAAAACAACAUUUACAUUAAUUUAUUCAUCAAAUUCAUCAUUUUCUGAUUCAUCAAAUGUUACAUUUAAAAAACAUGAAUUUGAAGCUGAAACAACUGUUGCUGAUAAUAUUGUUAAAAAAAUUAAUCAUAUACUUGAAUUACGUACAAGUAAUGCAAGAAAAGAAUAUUUAGCAUAUCGUGAACGUAAAUCAAUGAGAAAAAAAAAAACAACAUAAAUAUUGUAUUUAAUUUAUAUUAAUCAUUUUUCUUUUUUUUUUUUUAUAUAAUUUUAAUAAUAAAAAAAAAACUAUAUAUU